GUAAUUGUGAGCCCGUGAGGAGCGAGGUGAGAGGAAGAGUCCAAGGCUCCAAACAAAGCAAAAUACAACAAAAGACGAGAGAUUUCACGAUGAUAAGAUAUGAAAAUUCCAAGCUUUGAUUAUGGAGAGAGGCAGGCAACCCAUGUGCUCACAUGGAAGCAUAGGGAGGGGAGGGGAGACAAAUACUAGGAGAAUAGGAGAACAGAAACAAGAGAGGAAGCUGGAAAAUAUUGUGUUUUUUUUAAAGAAGGAAGAGAAGAGUGAGUAGAGGAAAAGGCGGAGGUUGUAAAGAUACAUCUUUCUUUUGGGAGAGAAAGAGAGAGAGAGAGAGAGAGAGAUGAAGGAGGGAGGUGGCGAUGGGUUCGUGAGGGCGGACCAGAUCGAUCUGAAGAACUUGGACGAGCAGCUGGAGCGGCACCUGAGCAGGGCAUUGACGAUGGAGAAGAGGAAGGAGGAAGAGAGGAGGGAGAGGCGGCGAGAAGAGUGGGAGAUCGACCCCUCCAAGCUGGUCAUCAAAGGAGUCAUCGCCAGGGGUACCUUCGGCACCGUCCACCGCGGCGUCUACGACGGCCAGGACGUCGCCGUGAAGUUGCUUGACUGGGGGGAGGAGGGAAACAAAACAGAUUCUGAAGUGGCUGCAGUACGUGCAGCAUUCUCUCAAGAAGUGUCAGUUUGGCAUAAACUCGAUCAUCCAAAUGUUACUAAGUUUAUUGGGGCUGCAAUUGGGGCAACAGACCUAAACAUACAAACAGAAAACGGCCAUCUUGGCAUGGCCAGCAAUGUAUGCUGUGUCAUUGUUGAAUAUCUCCCUGGUGGUGCACUGAAAUCCUUUCUUAUAAAGCACCAUAGAAGAAAACUAGCUUUCAAGGUAGUAGUACAGAUAGCUUUGGAUCUUGCAAGAGGGUUAAGUUACCUUCAUUCCCAAAAGAUUGUGCAUAGAGAUGUUAAGACAGAAAACAUGCUUCUUGAUAGGACUGGAACAGUGAAAAUAGCUGAUUUCGGUGUUGCUCGUAUUGAGGCCCAAAAUCCCAAUGACAUGACGGGUGAGACCGGAACUCUUGGAUACAUGGCACCAGAGGUCCUUAAUGGUAACCCUUAUAAUAGAAAAUGUGACGUAUAUAGCUUUGGCAUCUGCUUGUGGGAGGUAUAUUGCUGUGAUAUGCCAUAUCCUGACCUUAGCUUUUCUGAGAUUACAUCUGCGGUUGUGCGGCAGAACUUGAGGCCAGAUAUCCCGCGGUGCUGCCCCAGCUCUCUGGCAAAUGUGAUGAAAAUCUGCUGGGAUGCAAACCCCGACAAACGACCUGAGAUGAAUGAAGCGGUGACCAUGUUGGAAGCUAUUGAUACAUCCAAGGGAGGAGGUAUGAUCCCUCCUGAUCAGCAACAAGGAUGUUUUGGGUGUUUCCAUAGCCACCGGGGUCCUUGAAAAUGAUAGUAUAUACAUCGAACAUCGGAUGCAAAGCUGAGCUAUUAUGGCAAUGCAUCUAGAGUAUAUAUGUUCGACAUGCUUUGUCAUUUAUACGAUGUAAAGUCAUUCCGUGCGUAUUCGUCGGCUGUUUUCGUGCAUUCUCAACGUUGUUAUGAUUAAUGAUUACAUCCUUCUUCUAUAUUCCAGACUUGAACUGGGACUGUGUUAACUUUGAAUGAUUAGUAGUUUCCUCCACUGUGCUAUGAAGUAGCUUAUUA